AUGUGGUUCAAUUAAGUAACCAUAUACAUUGACUCAUUUUUUUUACAAAAUCCACAUAUUAUAUAAUAAUUCGUCAUUUAGAACCGACAUUACUUAUAAGAAUGAAAAAGACCAUAAAAAUUUAAUAUAACACUUUAUUCAGCCUUCAGCCAGUGAAGAUAAUAUAUAAUUUGAUUCUAAUCAAAAUGCUAGAUAAAAGAUCUUUGUUGUGAAACACCCUGUGUUAUAAUAAAAUAUAUUAAUGUAUCUAACCACUUCAUUCAGACUUUAAAAAAUAUAUAAACUUGGCAUCGUUUAUUUCCCUGUCCUUCGGUGUCCCUUUGUUAUCCUUUCUACACCAUGCCAUUACACAGUCUAUAAAACCAAAAUUUAGAUCAAUUCACAUCUUGAUUAACCAACUGAAAUAUUACAAAAAAUCUUUCUUCUUAUCAUUCAAAAUAAUUUAAAAAAGUAUACAUUUCAUAUACUAAGCUGUUAUAAAUACAUAUAGGUACAUGUAAUUCUUACCAGGGGUCCUGUUUUGAACCAUAUUUAUAAAUUAAGUAUUGUCCUAGGAAGAAUUUUGGUAAGCUAAAUUUGUGGAAGGAAAAUUUUCUUAAAAGUGUUCAGUUUAUUUACUUUCGGGAGUUUUUUUGCUUUAUUAAUAUCACAAUGAUUAACCAAGCUGAUGUAAACAGUUAAAACUGUGUACCUAAAUAAGUGUUAUCAAUUUGGAAGUUAGACUUUGUAUCAGCAUUUUAACAGAUAACGAUACAACCGUAAAAUGAAAAGGGGCGUUAUUCAGUGGAUACCAUAGAACGGUGAAUCUUUUGCAAAUAACUUGGCAAAAAUUGGAGAUGAUAAUUAUACAUAGAAAGGAAUAAGUGAAAUAUCAUUACAGGAGUCAAGCUUGAGAACUGUGAUUAAAUGGUGUUGUUAAUAAUAAUGUUUUAAAAUGACUCUGAAAAGAAAUUAGGACAGCUUUAUUGGUGAAUAGAUCAGUUCAGAUAACACAUUUGAAUACAAUUACUACAAAAUGGCUUCUAGGAAACAAAUAGAUACGGAUAUUCCUUCCGAUGAAAUAUUUGAUGUAUUAUGUUCAAUGUGUAAAAAUAAAGGGAAAAAUACUGAAGGUGAAAAAUUCUGUGUAGAUUGUAAUGAUUACUUUUGUAGAACUUGUGUUCAAGUUCACAAUGAAGUACCUAUAUUAGUUGGUCACAAGGUGUUGGAUAAAUCUCAACUAAAGUCAGGAACCAGCAAAGGUCUGCCGAAAGUACCAGCAGAGAGAUGUGAUAGACACAGUCAUAAACACAUUGAUAUGUACUGUCAGAACCAUGAUAAGGUUGGCUGUUCUACAUGUAUGGCAGUUGAUCACAGAUUUUGCAAGGAUACAUUCUACAUACCUGAAUUUAUCCAAAACAAUACUUACGAAGUUGAAUACAGCCAAAUUGAAAUAAAACUUAAAGCCAUAGCUAAAACUCUUGCAGAACAAUGUGAUAGAUUUAAAAAUGAUAAACAAAGGCUGCUAAAGAGGAAAGCAGAACUACUGGCUGAUAUCAGAAAAUUCCGACAAGAAAUCAAUGACCAUCUUAACAAGUUGGAGAAAUGUUCUUUAGAUGAGAUAGAUGAUAAAGUCAAAAGUCUUGAAGACAAGAUUGAAUAUAGUCUCAAACAGCUACAAACAAACAAGUCCAUGGUUGCAUCAGCUAAUGAUAAAUUAGCAUCUACAAACAUACUUCGAUCUGAAGUGUUUCUUUAUGUGAAGAUGGCAGAGGAUGCUGCGAAUGUUGCCAACAAAUAUAUAGAAGAUGCAAAAUUUCAAAGUUCUGUGGAAUGCAUAGAUUUUCAACCUGAUAGAGCAAUUCUUACACAGUUAGAACACAAGAAAACCAUUGGCACACUAACAGAAACUACUGUCAAUUUAUUUCAGAUUAAAGAAAAUCAAUCUUAUAAUGUAAAAGUUAAGUCUGAUAUGUACAAUAGUUAUAUCAUUAGUGCCUGCUGUAUGGAAGAUGGUACAAUAAUUCUAGCUGAUUACAACAACACGAAGCUUAAACGGUUACACAGUUAUAACUAUACUGUCACAGACUACUGUGACCUACCUGGAAAACCAUCGCAAGUGUGUAUGAUCAAUAACACACAAGUAGCAGUAACUGUUUCAUCAAAAAGGGAAGUUCAUUUCAUUUCUCUAGAAAGACAAAUGAAAACAACAGGGAAGUUAAAAACUGACUUUGAUUGUCAUGGUCUUGCAUAUGCAAAUAAUAAUUUAUAUAUUUCAGGCUUUGACAUGUCAGUAUAUAUGUAUACAUUGUCUGGUAGGAAGCUUAAACAGUUCAGUAAGGAUCAAUCAGGACAUGAGUUGUACUGUAUCAUAGAAAGUCUAGCUGUCAGAAAUGAUGCUACAAGGAUUUAUAUUGCUGACCAUGAUAAGAAACUGAUAGUACUGGGCAACAAUGGCCAGGUUAUUACAUCAUUUAAUGAUAAACAAUUACUGGGUGCUAACUGUUGUUAUCUCACUGAAGCAGGCAGUGUGCUGGUAUCUGGAUUUUACUCCAAUAAUGUUUUACAGUUUACACGUGAUGGUGAGCUGAUAGGAGAGAUUAUAAAAGCUGAUUUUAGAAAGCAGGACAUUUUGUCAGUCUGUUGCAAUCAACAAAUGACUAAGAUGUAUAUAUACAGACGUGCAAAUGACAAAAUUGAAGUGUAUGAUAUCAAUAAGAAUAUUUAAGGAACAAUCUGAUUUAUUUAUAAAAAUCAAUAUUCAAACAUAAAAUGUAAAAAGAAAAACACAGUCACUUAAAUAUCUUGAUUAUGAUAGCUUUUCACAGACAGAGGGUCUGUUUGGUUCAAAAUGUUACACAAGUAUAUACAUUUUCAAUAUGUAAUAAUACUACUAGUUUGAUUUAAUUUGUUAAUAUACAUGAAUUAUUUUGUGAAAAAUUUAUUUGAUUUAUCAUAUACAUUGUAUUCUUGCAUUGUGAUUUAAUACAAAAUUUAUAUAUAUACUUUUAAAUUGUUUGAACUUGUAAAUGAGAUUAUGUUUAUGAGUGAAAUAAAUGUAGAAUUGUAUACAUAUUGGGAUUGCUUCA